UUAUAUAUACAUAUCUCCACUUAAUCCCUAACAAUAACAUGUAGACACACUUUCAAACUUCUUUACAACAGUUUCUCUUACUUCUUCUCCUCUCUUCUUUAGAACAAACACCAGUAUUUCUCUUUUUUCCCUCUAGUCCAACAUCAAUGGAGAUUCAGUUCCAGCAGCAAAAGCAGCAUAGAAGAUCAAGUGUUCCAAUGAACAAAACAAGCAAAUUCAAGGGGAAAAAUAGGCCUAAUAAUAAUUACAAUAACAAGAACAAGUUUGUUGGUGUUAGGCAAAGGCCUUCUGGUAGAUGGGUAGCUGAGAUCAAAGACACAACACAAAAGAUAAGGAUGUGGCUUGGCACUUUUGAGACAGCUGAAGAGGCUGCAAGAGCUUAUGAUGAAGCUGCGUGCCUUCUCCGCGGAUCAAACACUCGAACCAACUUCAUUACUCAUGUCUCCUUGGAUUCUCCUCUUGCUUCCAGGAUUAGAAAUCUCCUUAACAACAAGAAAGCAGGAAAAGAACAGCAAACAGAACAAGAAGAAAAUCAUGAAGUCUCUACCCCAUCAAAUAGCACCGUCACUACUGCCACUAGCACUAGUACUAGCAGCAGCAAUAUGAGUGAUAACAAUACCCCUUCAAGGGAGAUAAUAAAUGAAACCCAGUUUCAUGAAGAUGUAUACAAACCGGAUAUGAGCAACUGCAGAGAUGAAUUUGAAUUGGUUUCUUCUCAGUCUGAUCUUACAUGGGCAUUUGGACCUGGGUAUGAUAGGUUUUCAUUUACUCAGGAAGUAUUGGACUUCCCGAAAGAUAUGCUGCUGUCGGAGGCAGAUGACCUGGAAUUUACAGAAUUUGACAGGAUGAAAGUAGAAAGAAAUAUAUCUGCAUGUCUAUACGCCAUAAAUGGGGUGCAAGAAUAUAUGGAAACUGUUCAUGAUCCUGUUGAAGCUUUGUGGGAUCUUCCACCAAUCAGUUAAUUACAUUAGUCUUUGUUACUUCUGGUGGACUGGCUGCAAAGUUACAAUGACGAACACCGGGUAGAGAUAGAGGUUGAAAUCUUGUUGCCUGAACUUGUUUUUCCCAGAACUGUAAACAGCAUACUACAAGGGGAAUUCACCUAGUGGUUCUGGAAGGUCUUUGCAAUCAUCGGUGAAUGCAAAGUCUAAGCAAUCAUGUCUAUUAAAAUAUUCUUCCAUUCA